AUGGCUGCCAUUUCAGAAGAAGUGAAGAAAGAAGUGAAUGGGGUGCUUAAAAGUGUUGACCCUGUGCUUGUCAAGGUGCAAAAGCUCACCAGUGUGCUUUUGGAAUGUGGGCUGGCUUACAGGACAGAGCUGAAACCAUGCGAUGUUCUUGUGCAUCCCCAGAAUAGAUCUGGGCAGAUGCUGAGCAGUGUAGACUGCUGGAGCAAGGGCUUGAGAAUGUGGAAUGUGGGUGUGAGGAAAGAGCUGCUUACAGAUUCCUUUGCCUUUGGGAUGGCCUUAGAACCUCAAGCCAGAGAAAUGCAGCUGGCAGCCAACAAGGCUUUGGUUGAGCAGACUCCAUCCUUACUGGCCCCUGUCACUUGCAAGGAGAGGUUCUUGAGUGUAAGCAGUUCUCAUACAACUGCUUGGCUGAAAGCAUUGGAAGCAGGAUGCCAAGGACCUGGACCUCAGCAUGUGCUUCAGCUCAGGCAAGGAGAGGAGAGGUCAAAUAGCAUUCUGGAGCUGCUAAGCCAGGGAUGGUCUUGGUGUGUGCUGUCAGCUUCAGUGGAAUCAGAGUGGAAAGACUUGCCCAGCUGGCUGCAACUUGCUUUGAACAGCACCAACAGCAACUCCAAGCAGCUCUCUGAAGUGGAAUGUGCUGCACAGCUGGCCCAAGGCCUGAAGCAUGGGCAACAGCUCAAGAACUCUUUGGAUAUUUUGAAAGCAUGUGACCCAGCUUGCAAGCCUAGCUUGGAUUGCAUUGCUCACUAUGUGGGCAAGUUUGGUGGUGGCAUGGAUUGUCCAAUCAUCAAUUUCCUCUCCAAAUUCGGCAAGACCUAUGGCACUGUCAUGGUGGGUGAAGAGAUGAUGAAAGCUAUCACCUAUUUUGAGCUGAAGGGUGGUAAAGCUGUGGAUGGUGUCUCCAAGAUUUUGGUCAGAGGCGACACAGAAAGAGUCAAAAGCCUUGCAAUGAGGCAGAAGGUGCUUGAAGCAGAGCAAGUUCUUCAAGAUGCUUGGGCUUUAUAUGUGGCUUCCAAAGCUACUGAAAGCCAGACUGUUGGUGCCUUUGGUCGACUGUGUGUCAGGGUUUGCCUGCAUGUUCUCAACAAAGAGAAAGCAGGCAGAGAGCCAGAUGGAUUUGAAGAUUUGCAGGAGAUUGCUGGAAAGUUUACAGAAGACUUGCAAGGCAUGGCACAGGUGCAAGCUGCAGUCUCUCCUUCUAGCACUGACAUCCAGGUGAGCAAUGUGUUGUCUGCCAGCAAAGCUGAGUUGGCCCUUCUGCAAAACAAACACAUCAAAGUCAAUGAGUAUCUCAAUGCCAAAGACCAUGGCCACAAGAUAUUCCAGCACAUCUCUUGCACACAGACAGCUUGCAUCAUGGUGCAUCAGCCUUUGUUUCAUCCCAAAGAAGAAGUGCAUGUGCCAUUUGACCAGCUCAAGUUGUGGAAGCUGACCAAAAUGCACCCUCCUGAAAAAUGUGAAGGAGCAAAGCAGGACCAACAUGUGCCACAGCAUAAUCCUUUGGUGCAAGCAGACAUGCAGAGGAGCCAUGUUCAGAAGGCUUUGCUGCAAGCAUGCAUGGACCAUGCUGUGACUGCUGACCAGGUCGCUUUCACCAACCACCCCAACCAUGUUUGGUCCUUGCAGAAAAUGAAGAAAGGUGCACUGAAGUUUGUGCCUUGUGGAACUGUCUCCAAGCUCAAAGGUGAGCCUGUUAAGGACAAGAUCUACAUCAAGGCAUUUGGUCAUGAUUGGCAAGUGCAGCCUUACAAGGCAUUGAGUGAUUUCAGCAAAGAUGAUGGUGUCCUGUCACCAUUUUGGUGGGUAAAGGCAGCUGGGCAAGGUGAAGAUGGCAACAUGUCUGCCAGUGAGAUUGUGGUUGAUGCUUGCAAGAUCCCUAUCUUGACAAACAGCUCUCCUGUGGCUACUCAUGACAAAUUGCUCACUGACAAUGGAAAGAAAGAGAUUCAGCCCAAGAAGAAGGCCAAGACUGAAAGCUGA